AUGGCUAAAUCAAAUCGAAAACAAGUUAAUACGAAAAGAAAACCGGCGUCAAAACGUAAUCGUAACAUUCCAAAUAUCGAAAUUAAUUUACCGUUUCCACCCAAGGUUGAGCUCGAAGACCUAUUCCCCAAAUCCAAAACAGUGAGCUUACGAACUUUGAACGCGUUUUUCAUUUAUCGCAAAGUGAUUACUGCUGAAUUAAAAAAAAAUCAUGUCUUAUGUUGGAGUAUAAUAUCAAGCAUAGCAUCCAGCAGAUGGAGGAUCGAAGAUUCCGGAGUGAAGCAGCAUUACAGAGAACUUGCAGAACAUGCUAAAGUCUUGUAUAGAUCUAAACAUCCAUUAUAUGUUCAUCAUGGAAAAAACGCUGCCGAGUCUGCGAUGAUGCUUCAAGACGACGAUGAGAAAUCUGCACCAAAGCAAUUUAUCUUUGUAAACGAAUUCGAUACUAAUAAUAAAGUUGCAGGUCAACAAGACGCGUCUGAUCAAGUCGAAGUUGCAGAACCGCUAAAUGAUCAUAAUAACUAUGAUUAUGAACAAAACAUUUCUUCGUAUACCGUCGUUAACCCUCCAAAUCCAUCAGCAUUUGACUUGGUUGAUUAUUUAUAUGGAGAUACGUGCAACUAUUCCAUGACCACACUUUUGCAUGAUGAAGAAUUAAUUUAUUACAUGAUGAAUGGAAGUUGGUUUCCGCAAGAUUGA